AAAGGAGGUUUCAAGCAAAUAAGAGACCUAAAAAACGGAAACCUCGGAAAAAAAUUUUCUCCCAAUGCUCUGGACACAUGUAAAAGUAUGGCUACAACUUCAACAAAGCCUGUUUGCAUUGGGAAUAAAUACCAGAAGAUGAAAGCGUGUGAACUGUACUAUUUCAAAUGACAUCAGUACAAUUCCAUGGUUGCCAGAUAGUGUUGAGGAAUUAUUGAAAUUUUUUUUCUAAUCCACGCAAAUUUAAACAAUUUUUUUUUUUUUGGUGUUUGUGUGCGCACACACACACCCGUUGAGGAUGUGAAAGUUGCAUGGAUUAAGAAAGAAUUUGUGAAGUUUCUUUCAUGCUUGAAAUAAAAAGAAAUUGGUCCUUGGAGAUAAAUAGGAACAAUUCAAACAAUCCUCGGGCGAGAAAAGAGUCAAAAUCGGCAGUAAGAUAUAGAGACUUGGGGGUAACUCGCAUGAUUUGUGUACAAUUUAAUUCUUUUUUCUUAUGAUACACUUAGAAAUCUCUGGGAAAUGAACAUCUUUUACCAAGAUGAUAAGUGAUAUGUUCUUUUAAAAGCGCUCAAUCAAUCUCAAUGAGAAUUAUCUGUAAAGUGCUGUGAAAAGCGGGACAUGGAAAAAAUUUCAAUUGUUUGAAUUUCGGAUUUUAAAUUCAAAAUUGAAAGUGCCAGAGAAUCUGAUCUUAUCAAUGGAUUAAGUGAUUUAGGGAGAUAGACUUUCUUUUAUUUUAUGCCAUUUGUGAGAAAAAAUAUCAAAGUGAAUAUUAUUGAUUUUUCCAAUGGUGAUGAAUAGGGAGCUGAAGGGGGAUGUAAUGUUGAUUAUAGAAAAAAGGAAAAAAAUCGGCAAGGUUUUUUUUUAUACCCUUCAAUUUUGGGAUGAAAUUAUUUUCAUUGUUCAAUUAAGAAAUGGCCACCUGGCUAUCAAGUUUAAUUGUCUGGAUAUUUUCUUUGCAACCAUUUAUUGUUGGAAUCAUCAAACAUGAAGUUUGUCGAUAAUUAAUAUAUUUUACCUGCCACAAAUGACAAUUUCAUUAUUUUUUUGCCAUAUCAAAAACAUUUAAAGAGAUUUUUUGAGGAUUUUUUAUGCAUGUUAUGGAAAUUGAAAAUACUUUCCCAGUGCCGAAAAUGAAAUCACCAGCAAUGGCAGCCAAUGAUUCAUGGAUGCCGAGCAAGAAAAAAUCCCAUGGAAGUAAAACCUCCCUCACUUCGUCCAAAGAAAAUGUCUUCAAUUCUUUUCCCCUGGACAAGAUACAAGUGAGCGGACAGCAGAUGCAUACUCCAAGAGUCGGUAAUGGCGAUGAUCGCCAUGACUUCUCGAACUCAUACAAUAUGGUGAAAAAAUCGAACAGUGAGGGGCCAGGGAGUUUGACAACUGUGUCUUAUGCUAUUCCUCCGGUGAAGGAGGUUCUCUCCCUUCAAGGAUUAAAAGAACUCAUAAAAGGAGUCGGUUUCUCUAAUAUUCCCGUCCAGCACCCCGAAAUGAAUCAGUCCAGAGCUGGUUACGUAAGCUUUGUAGGCAAUGCACCCAUGGUGGAAAAAUUAUUGAGAGAGCAUGCAGCUUCUCAGAAAAAUCGUGACUUUCUGUCGCAAGAUGAACGCCAUAUUUGUGAACGAUUCGAGCAGCACAUGUUGAGUAUGAAACUCCAGAAUCAGUCGAAACAUCAUAGUCCCGAGCAUGCUUUUGCUCGGAGACUGAUGACACUAAAGAAGAGGGAAGCUUUGAGGCGAAGAAAUGCGGAGAUGUUAGAGCUACGGAAACAGAGGAAGGACUCCUCAUCGCCUCACUCACCCGUGUCCGACAAAAGACUCAAAGUCAGGUUUAAGACCCCUGCUCUCUUCCCUAAGAAAACAGUACCCAACAAAGAUCUCAUCUCAAUACCCAAGGAGUCCUGGGGGGCAGAGAAACCGGAGAGUGACCCGGAUUCAUCCAGACUGGAUGGCUCCGAGUCGGAUUCUCGUCUAAAGCAGGCAGAAGAUGAUCUGGAACUAAAAGGAUCCGAAUCCGAAAAUAGCAAGAAAGGAUCUAGUUCAUCAGGUGACAAAGAUGGCUCUGAAAAAUCUUCUUCCCACCAUAGUUCUGGUUCACUUCCACCUGUUGCCAUGGAAACAACAAACAAGGAUGCUGAAGAUGAAGAAGAAAAUGAUGCAGUGUUCGAGGAACCAAAAUUACCAACACCUCAACCAGGUCUAUCAGAACCAGAAGUUCCAGAGCCAGUGCAAUCGCGUACUGAAACGGCUUCUGAUAAAUCGCUUGUUGAAGUAGAAUCCCUAGAUAAUGAACCAGUUGAACCCAAAGGAGUUGAAAAUGAACCAGUUGAAAAACUGGUUUUACCUGACCCCCUCCAAGAUUCUGAGUCAGAAUUAGACAGAGAGGCAAUUAUAGGAGGUGUGUCUGAUGACAUUCAGCUCUCUGAUAGGAAAUCAAAAAAAGUCAAGAAAGCCUCUAGUAACAAGCUGACCGUGUCAAAGGUCAAGUCAGUGAUGCAGACAGAUAAAAAAGGCAGCAAAUCUAAAACGAAAGUAGGCUCCAAGGUCAGCAGUCGCAAACUCAAAAACGGCAAGGGAGAAUCAGAUGAAGAAGAUGGAGAUGAAAAAGGAGGAGGACGUGGAGGAAAAGAGGAAGAUGGAGAGAAGGAAGAACCUCCAGUGGCCAUCCCCAUGAUAGGGGAUACAAAAACAGGACCCCUGUCUCUGAUUGCUGGCCAAGAUAAUCAUAGAAGGGAACCUGUCAAAAAGACCAGGAAGGAUGAUAUAAAUCUUCCUCGGUCUUUGUCGAAAUCGGUUUUACAACAACAGAAACCCAAUGAGCCAGAUGAUCAGGAAAAUGAACCUGAAGGGCAGAUUUCCCAGACUCUGAAAGAGCUGAGGAAUUUUACCCUAGCCCCUCCUCUUCCUGAUUUCCAGGUAAGUGCAUCCGACGCUCUAGCCAAAAAGAGACAAGCCAAUCGCAACCUAGAGAAAAAACGGGCACCCAAGCCCCCCUCACCCCCUCCUAGGCCCCCGACUCCACCAACCCCAGAACCAGAGAAACCUGCAACAGAUAUAUCUACAGCUAUUGCAACUGCUCUGCCAACAGUUAACAUCGAGGAGCCCCCACUGCCUGACCCUAGUCUUCUCACCUCUAAGCCCACCUCCCCAGUCAAGAACAACAGAUCUCUCGCCUCCCCCAUAAAACUGCAACAGCGGCUGAUCAACAAGAGGAAAUCCUUCAAGCGUGACACCUCGUAUGAGGAUGAACUGCGCAGACAGGAGCUACUAGAAAAGAGAAGGCAAAAACAGAUGGAGCUGUUGGAGAAAAUGAAAUCAAGGCAGGGUAACAUGAGCACGGAAGUGGAAUAUAUUGAUGGCGUACCUAGUUUUGAUGAUUAUGGAUUCUUGGCAAAAUAUUGUAUUUUUAACAGAGGGAUGUUGGAAAUGUACAAAAGAACUUUCGAAGUGGUGGAUGAUGAAUGUAAAGGCUGGUUGAAUGGCAUAGAAGCUAUGAUAGCUCUAAGAGGAGUCAACAACCGUCUGACGAUGCAGGAGGAGGAGUAUUUAUACAGGAUUUUGGAGGUAUCCGGUUACAACAUAUCAAAAGGUGCUGACUUUAAACUUUUCUCUGUGUUAGCUGCCCUGUCACACAGAAUUUCUGCUGUGGAUGAUUGGAUGAAACUUCUCAUUGACACAAUGGACUUUCGAACUUUGGAAAUGAAAACAUUCAUGUGCAAAAGACUUUGGGAGUGCAAUGUGGAUAACGAAACCAACAGGAUAUCACUUGAACAGUUGUGUAUUGAGCUCCGGGCGGGAGGAAUAAGCGAGAAACACGAGAGAGAAGUUCGGGAGAAACUCGGACACCUGAAAUCCUUGGAUUUGCUAGACUUUCUGACCUACGUCCCUUUGUUCAUUAUGAUCCACCAGUCUGUCGUGGAUAAUCCGCUCAACGAUGUACGAGACAAAUAGUGCUGACUAAAUUUUUAAAUUUUAUUUUCUUUGUAUUGUGCUCCAGAUGUUUGGUGCUAGCUUUUCAUGUACACUUUUAUAAUUUUUAUGAAAAGUGCUGAACGAGAAUUGACAAGUUUUACCCGGAGGAGACGACACUGUGAUUGAUAUUUCAGUUUACAAAUAUAUUAAUUAGACUUAUUUUCAAGUGUAGGUUAAAAUAUUGGUGUAUAGAAUAUGUAAGCACGUUUGAUUUAGAGUAUUCAUAUUGAUAUAAAAAACUACCGAAAAAUACAAUUUUUUUGGCAUGGUUUUAUUUCAGGCAAAUAUUUCGAUCAGAUCUGAAGCAAAAACAAUAACAUAAGUCUUAUAUUCACAAUUACUAUGACAUUAUCGACAAUCUGAACAAACAAACAACUAGUAAAAUUCAAUUCAUCCCUAUGAAAUACGCUUUUGGAAAGGGUUAUGCAUAUAUUUGCAUAAAGAAGUUUCGUACAUAUGUGGGUUCAAUUUCUAGAAAUAUACUUAAAGUUAUCAACAUAAAAACGACUUACAAGGUGUUCCUUUAAAAUGUAAGAUUUUAUUUUGUGGAAAACAAAUUUAAUGAUGAAAUUUUUUUAGCUGUCUACUCUAGUCCUUCAGAAAAGUUAAUGACCUUAAGCCAAUCAUGUUGAUUGCACUAUUGUCAAACAAGAUACUGAAUAAUAAAGGUAAAGUGUAUCUAUAGAAAAAGCAAUUUCUGACUCUUUAUAUAAGCCACCAGCAAAAUAUAUAUAUUUUUUAUUUAGAUUAAUGUAUGUUAUAACUGAACUAAGACAUACUAGUAACCAAUAAAAGAGAAACCAGGUUUGGUUUCUACAUCAAAAUAUU